UCGGUCUGCCUCGUUCGCGCGUAUUACUUCUCUUUCGUGUUCAUUGCUCUCGCCCACUAGAUAGGUUUCUUUCUUCCACUCACAAUUCCUCCGGUCGCUGACUGUUAAAACAUCUCGUUUGCUUCGUGGAAGGGAUUGUACCUGUAACUAUGGUUGAAAAAUCUUCUAGUUCGUCAUCUAUUCUGGUUGAUCAGCCAGUCGUUCCAGGAGAUGUGGUUCUCGACCUCUCAAACAUGACCAACGAAACCAUCAAGCUUGGAGGCGGUCUUCGACAGGACCAUGAUGCUAUUUCUGUCGCCAAAGUUGGAAAAUUGAGGUUCUCAAAACCAAACAAAUAUUGGGUUGAAAGCUCGCAGAAAAGGUAUGUGCCAUGUGCAGAAGAUUGCGUACUUGGAAUCGUGGUUGACUCUAGAUCCGAUAAUUUUCUUGUUGACAUAAAAGGUCCUUCAUUGGCCUCUCUUCCUGUUCUUGCAUUUGAAGGAGGAACAAGACGAAACAUUCCCAAGUUUGAGAUGGGUGCCCUUCUUUAUGUGCGGGUGGUGAAGGUAAACCCUGGUAUGAAUCCCGAGCUGGCAUGCACUGAUGCUAGUGGGAAAGCAGCUGGAUUUGGCCUCCUAAAGGAUGGUUACAUCUUUGACUGUUCAACUGGCUUAUCAAGAAUGCUUCUAAGCUCGCCAACAUGUCCUGUUCUUGAAUCUCUUGGGAAGAAGCUUUCAUUCGAGACGGCAGUUGGUAUAAAUGGCCGAGUUUGGGUUAAUGCAGAUUCCCCGUCCACAACCAUUGUUGUUUCUAAUGCAAUAAUGAACUCAGAAACUCUGAGUGGGGUCCAACAGAGAAUCAUGGUGGACAAGCUCCUAAAUAAUUUAAAGCUAUCAAGUUAAGUCUUGUAAUCUUCAGGGUUAGAAUCUUUUGCUUGUUAAAUUACAUUUUUAGUGAUGUAUCAUUUAGCUAAUGGGUUUUAGGAAACCGUUGUUAAUCAAUUCUUUUCUCCUCUCCAACCAGAAUUGA